AUGUAUGCUAGUUUAGGAAACUUAGAUGAAAUGAAAUUGUUGUGGGGCCUUCAAAAGGCCAAAUGUAAGAAGCACACCAACAUAAACUACAUAUGGAUGCUGGGUUCAUUGGUGAAGCUUGGCGAGCUUGAAGAAAGUGAAAAGUUGCUUAAAGAGUGGGAGUCAUCUUGUAAGAAUUAUGAUUUCGGAGUGCCAAAUGUUCCUCUUAUUGGAUAUUGUCAGAAAGGUUUUGUGGAAAAGACCGAAGCAAUGCUACAGGAUAUAAUCAAGAGAAGGAAGACAGCAAUUCCGAACAGUUGGUCUAUUGUUGCAGCUGGAUAUGUGAAUAAGAACAACAUUGAGAAGGCUUUUGAGUGCUUUAAAGAAGCUCUUGCUCUGCUGGCAGAAAAUAAAGAUUGGAGGCCAAAAACAAGUUUAAUAUCUAGCAUAUUGAGAUGGAGAACUAAGGUUCCAACAAAUAGAGAUAUGUACCAUGCUCUCUUGAAGGCAUUUAUCAGAAAUGGCAAAGAAGUAGAGGGGCUUUUGGAGUGCAUGAGGGACGAUAAAAUAGAUGAAGAUGAGGAAACAAUGAAGAUCCUUAGCCUUGGAGAGCAGAAACCUUAA